AUGUGGAGACUCUGGGCAGCUAUACCUGAGAGUUCUCCAGCUCGUAAACCCAGAUGUGGGGACUUUGUUAUACUCCGGUGGCAGCUGACUCAGCAUCAGAGAAUUCAUACUAGGGAGAAACAUUGUCCACGUCUUGAAUGUGGGAAGGCCUUCCACUGGAGAAAGGAUCUGGCUCAACAUCAGAGAACUCAUAUAGGAGAGAAACCGUAUAAUUGUAAUGAAUGUUGGAAGGCCUUUCAUUGCAGAUAUGAUGUCAUUCAACAUGAGAGAAUUUAUACUGGAGAGAAACCAUAUGAAUGUAAUGAAUGUGAAAAAGCUUUUCCCAUGAAAGAUCUACUGAUUAGACAUCAAAGAACUCAUGCAGGAAAGAAGCCUUAUGAAGGUAUUGAAUGUAAUGAAUGUGGGAAGUCCUUCCAUGGUGAAAGUACACUGAUGAAACAUCAGAAGAUUCAUAUUGGAGAGAAAGCUUAUCAAUGUUCUGAGUGUAGGAAGGCUUUCACUAUAGCAUCAAAUCUCACUCAACAUCAGAGAAUUCAUACUGGAGAGAAACCUUAUCAGUGUCUUGAAUGUAGGAAGGCCUUCAACCAGCCCAGUGGUCUGACACAACAUCAGACAAUUCACAGUAAAGAGAAGCCUUAUAAAUGUAAUGAAUGUAACAAGUCAUUUGGCCUAUGGGCUUAUCUAAAGAAACAAUAG